GCAAUCCGCUUUCUUUCGAAUAAUAUUACGCCCAAUCAUUCUAUAACAACCUUCAGCAGGAAACCCAUGCGUCUCAAGCGGCAAUUGGUCUAUCAUCAUCCGCCUUUCUUUGAGCAGUAAACUUUCGCAAUGGACACAGAUCUGGAGAAGCAAGAAGGGCUUCACGAGCAACAACACCGUCUUGAAGAAGCUGAAUCACCCCACUUCAGCAAGGAAUCCUUUGAACAGGAUAUUGAGUCUUCGGGAUCAGACGACAAUGGCAUUACUCUCAAACGCACCACAUCGCGAAAGCCACCACAUCCAGCGUGUCCUCGCUGUAAACAAGGUCUCACAGACGAGGAGGGAGAACCAUGCCAUGACCAUGACGGCUUCGAAACAGAUCCCAACAUUGUGCUUUGGGACAGUGAUGAUGAUCCAGCAAGACCGAUGAACUGGCCUAUGUGGCGUAAAGUAUGCUUCUCCAUCACAGCCAGUUGCUUCGUCAUCGCGACCUCAAUGUCUGCUAGUAUUUUCGGUCCGGCUACUAGAAUCACUGCACAGCAGUAUGGUGUCUCACAUGAGGUGAUGAAUCUGGGUAUCACGUUACAUAUCCUUGGAUUCGCCGCCGGUCCUCUUAUCUUCGGCCCCAUGAGUGAAGUCUGGGGUCGUACCAUUCCUCUGUGGACAGGUCUCUUCGGUCUAGGUCUUUGGCAGAUUCCUGAAGCAGUGGCAUCAAACGUCCAAACUAUCCUUGUAUGCCGCUUCCUUCAGGGACUGUUCGGCAGUGCCAUCUUCGCCGUGGUAUCAGGAAUGUUUGUGGACAUCUGGCCGCCAAUCACCAGAGGCGUUGGGUUGGGAUUAUCAUCCACCUGUAUCAAUCUAGGAUCGACAUUCGCCCCCAUCAUCGGCGCCUACGCAACAAAUCAUCUAAACUGGAGAUGGACAGCCUGGCUUACGCUCAUCUUUGUUGGUCUGGUUGGCUUCUUCGGCCUCCUGAUUAUACGCGAGACCUUUGAGCCUGUCCUUCUCAAGCGCAAAGCUAAACGACUUCGCCGCCAGACUGGAAACUCAGAUCUUCAUGCCAAAUUCGAGGAAAUUCCCAUCGACAUAAAGAUUCUGGUGCAGAAGUAUGCUACCAAGCCAGUUCGCAUGUUCGUUCAGGAGCCCAUCCUUAUCUUUUGCACGAUCUAUCUCACUAUCGUGUAUGGAACACUCUUCCUGUCAUACCAGGCCAUCCCGUUCUCUUUUCGCAACCGUGGAUGGAGCCCUUCAGUCUCUUACCUCCCCUUCGCCGCCGUAACCCUCGGCAUCAUCACCGCCGGAAUACUCUUCUCCAUCUUCACCUUGACAUGGUACAAGAAACGCUGGCUAGCGAACCAAGGCGCCGAACCCGAAGACCGUCUUCCACCCAUGAUCCUAGGCGCCAUCAUCCUACCUCCCUCCCUCUUCUGGCUAGGAUGGUCACAAGACACACACUGGGCAUCCCAAGUCAUCGCCGCCUUCUUCGUAGGUCUCGGCCUCCUACUCAUCUUCAUCGCCGGCAUCGUAUACAUCGUCGACACCUACCUCAUCCACAGCAACUCCGCCAUGUCCAUCCACAUUGUUGUACGAAGUAUUGUAUCUUCUUCCUUUCCUUUAUUCGCAGGUCCGAUGUUUGAAGGUCUGGGGACGGGAUGGGCUUGCUCGGUAUUGGCCUUUGUGUGUUUGGUCAUGGUCCCAGUGCCGAUUGUGUUUUUCAAGUACGGCAAGACGAUUAGAAGUUGGAGUAGAUUUUCUUUUGUCAACAAUUAGAUGAGAUACCCAGAAUCCAGUAUAGAAAUAAUGUUGAACCUUGUC